AUGAAGCCCCGGGAACUAAUCGCCGUUUACAGCUCCCGGAUCACGGCCUACCUCCAGGAGUUCGAGGAGGAGAAUAGGACCCUCAGGAUGGUGAGGGAGAAACUAAGGCUUGAGAGGGGGAAGGUGGACAAAGCGGCCAGAAAAAACAGGCCGGAAAUAACAAGAAAAGUAAAAGGCUUAAAAGAAAUUAUUAAAGAGCUGCAGGAAAGAAUGGGGGCCAUUCUGGAGAACAGUGGCCCCUUUAAGGAGAAGCUCAUGAACGACAAAAGGUUCAAUGAAAUGGCUGGAAGCCGUGAGCAGCAAGAAGAUGACUCCUCUAGUGAGGAGGAAGAGUCGGACAUGGGGGGGCAACCUGCGGAAACUGGCAUCACCGCAGAGCAGGUGUGCCUGCCCCCCACUAGUUCCGAUGAGGAAAUAGACUUCAGUGAGAGCAGCGGAGUUGGGGGGCAGCUUAUGGCCGAGAUACGCCACCUGGAGUCCCCCAAAAUUCGUGAGGACAUUUGUUUUGGUGAUGAAUUACCGGAAGAUGAGCCAAUAGGAAAGAAGAGAAAGGCAAAGACAUUAAAUCCAGAGAAUCCCCCCAAAUGGGAAGAGGCUAUUGGAAGCUAAAUUCGGCCCUCCUGGAGGAAGCA